CUGCCAGACACAUUUCCUGCACUUGCCCUGCAUUAAGCAUGUGAGCGUUGUCAAAUGUGGGAAAAACCAUUAUGUCUUAAACGAGACCCUUGGUGAUCACUCCACGGUGAUUAAUGACUGAUUUAUUGCUUAAACCAUAAAACACAAGGAAGAAGAAUGAGCAAAACUGGGUUUCGCAGAAGAGGAAUGAGGUCAGACCAUGGCAGUGUGUUCUAUGAGCAAGCGUGUUUUUCUGGAGGAGCUGCGCGGGAUUGGCUGCUUAUCUCCUCAGCGAGUGGUGACAUGCCUCUCCAGGCAUGGGAGGUACUCCGCCAACAAGUCAGAACAAUUCACACCUCUGACGGCCGUGAGUCAUUUAUUACUCUGGGAGCAGGCACAGCGCUCAGUAAGAGAGCAGUCUGCAAACGGCAGCAGUCCUCCGAUGCUUCCUUUCCCGGCUGCACGCUCCUCUAAAGCUCGCAAACCUCUACUGUGUUUACCGACUGAAGAAGACCACAUUUUUUACAUCAAGAUAUGGCAAAACUCCUUGGACAAAUGGAAGGCAACAGCACCGGACUGGCGAUUAUGGAAGAAGACAACUGCACAACGGAAAACAGGCAGCUGUACGUCUUCUACUCCUCCGUGAUGAUAGUGGAGUUCAUAGUGGGCCUGCCCCUCAAUCUCACCGUUCUCUACCUCUUCAUCUUCAAGCUGAAGUUCUGGAAGUCCAACAGCAACACAAUCUUCCUUUUCAACCUGGUCUUAGCCGACAUACUUCUGCUUAUCUGCCUGCCCGUGAAGGCCUACCACUUUCAGAUAGGGGUGCGACGCAGCAACGACGAGUUCGUCUGCAAGGGGAUGCUCUUCAUGCUAUUCCUGAACCGAGGGGCCAGCAUCGCCUUCCUGACCGUCAUCUCCAUCGACCGCUACUUCAACGUAGUCCACCCCCGAAAGAAGAACUUCCUCAAGGUCCUGAAGAGAUCACCUCACAUUUCGGUCCUCAUCUGGGUGCUCCUGCUCCCCCUGACCAUUCCCACCAUGCUCAAGACGUUCGAGUGCUGCAACAGCCACGGUCGCGAGGAUGACAACAUUACAGACACUUUGAGGGAGAUCGUGUUUUUCACCCAGAUUCUCAUCCCCUUCUUUGUCCUGGUCUUCUGCACCGCACAGGUUGUACAGAGGCUGAAGAGGAAGACUGUGGGUGACAGAACCAAGCUUCGCAGGGCUGUGUUUCUCGUCACCUCCGUUGUUUUGGUUUUCUCCAUCUGCUUCUUGCCGUGCACUAUAUCCAGAAUGAUUCUGCUGAUCGUCAGAGUCCAAGAAUUUCCCGAAGUUACAGAAGAAACAGCUGUUCAAGUAUACGAUGGGCUCAUGGUCUUCUCCUAUUUGGACUGUUUGUUUGACCCGCUGGUGUACUGUUUCUGCAGCACAAACUUCAAAAACUUAUACAUCGCCAAAUUCUUCCCUUUCUUACAAAGCAAAGAUGGACAACAAAGAGAGAGCAGUACACUGUCAUCAGGGAACACUCCAAAUCCACAACGUGCGAAUACAAUAAGACAAAACAAUGUUCUGUAAUGCAGUUGUAAUGUAAGUAAUUCUGUGUGUAUUGAAUUGAUGGAUGUGAAAUACAUGUUUUAUAAUGUUGCUGAAUAAGUACAUAAACGUUAACCUUAUACUUAGAGUAUGUUCAUGUAUGUACUAGGUAAAAAAAUUCCAUGAACAAAACAGAUGUACAGAUAGUUACGGUAAACUUUCUUUCUCAUUUUCAUUUUAUUUCCUAUUAUCCUUGAUUGUGUGAGGAAUUAAGUUAGUUAAUCUGUAAGAGGUGUACUGAUUCAACUCCUUGUCCAGACGGCCCCUCUGUUGUUUUAGAGUGAAUCAUCUGUUUCACAGAGUCAUUGCAAGGAUGAAUGUUUGCUAACGUGAGACAUUAGUCUGUUAUUGGCGAUUCACUGUGAGCUUUCCUCCCCUAACCUAUGAUGUCAGCAUGUGUAACAAUGCAAAUUAAUCAAGUGAUUACAAAUUCAGUGACAAAUCAGUGGUUUGAUUCAGAGCUUCAGAAGGUUUUCAUGCUGACAUUCACGCCAAAGAUGUUUUUCAUUAGUGUGCAUUUGUUUCCUUUUGACUUUUUAAAAUGCUUUUUUUUAAAAAAAAAAAAGAACUUUAAAAGAACUGAGUGAACUAUAUAUAUUAUCAUCACACAAUGCCUCGCUCGCAGUUCAUUAGCCAUUCUGCUCCAGUUCCUACCCGAGCAAUGGCCUGUCGGAACGGGACCGCCCUGCGCUGCCUCGGGGUGAAAUCCGACCCCGGGUGAAAGGGGAGCAGCAGCGUUCGGUGAAACCGCGGCGGCCCCUUUGGAAUUCGGAAUGUCGCACCCGACGGCGACGGCAUCCCCUGCAGGAACCAGCGGAGCCGGCUGGGCAAACCACUGUGCCGAGAGUGGUGGAGAUAACAUCAGGCCUGCGGGCAAACAGCAGAAGGCACUCUUUACAGCAGUGGUAACCAGCCCCUGCUCCUGGAGAUCUUAUCAUCCCGUGGGUUUUCAUUUCAACCCCGAAUUUGACACAACUGAACCUACUAAUUAGCAGCUCAACGAGCUCUCCAGCUGUUGAAUGAGGGGUGAUUUGUUAGGGUUGGAAUUCAAACCUGCAAGAUGGUAGAUCUCCAGGAUCAGGGUUGGUUACCACUGCUUUACAGCAUUUUUUAUUUUUUUGCCAAACACUGCCAUAUUAGUAUAUGUCCUCUGUUCUGAAGCAAUUGCCUUUUAAUAAUAUACCAAUUAUGCUGUAUACUGAAAACAACUACACUAGCAAGGUGCUGCAACACUUCACAAAACAUGGGCAAAUGUGCAACGUUUACAUAUUGUUAUAUAUAAAUAUAUAUUUUUUUCUUUUCUUUUUUCUCAAUAAACUGCUGUUAAAUAUCGUUGUAUGUGUUGUCAAAUAUCAUUGUAUAUUUUUGUGAAGUCUUUUUGUGCGCAAUAUAUUGCAGAAUGUGAGCAUGUUACAUUUCUGUUAGGUUCAUUGCACUCAGGGACUAAUAACCAAAGUGUAGGGUGUCCCAUUAUUCGUUAAAAUGUCCGCCAAGGAUGUAGCUGGGCUAUAGGAUAGGGGGGUGUUAAAUGUCUCAAACACAAGCCCUGGAACACAAGGAAGAUCAAAAGCAAAGAAACAUCAGUAGGGACACAUGAAGAGACAACCACUUUGAAUAAAACUGUGAAAAUUUUACACAAAGAAUUGUACGCUGUUCAUACUGUGUGAACGACAAGUCAAUAAAUAUGUUUUGCCAUUACUAAA